UGAAGCUCAAGCUCAAGCUAAGCAAGCUAACGCACUCCAUACUCGAGCUCGUACCUGCACCAAGCGAUCUACGACCGGCAAUGGACGCGGGCCACGACAACUGGAUCAGCACCCCUUCGUCGUCGACGUCCUCACACGAGCACGCGACGGCGCCGUGGUCACCGUCGCCGAAGCGCCCGGCGGGGCGCACCAAGUUUAAGGAGACGCGGCACCCGGUGUACCGCGGCGUGCGGCGCCGCGGCAGUGCCGGUCGGUGGGUGUGCGAGGUGCGCGUCCCCGGCAGGCGCGGCGAGCGGCUCUGGCUCGGUACGCACGUCACCGCCGAGUCCGCGGCGCGCGCGCACGACGCCGCCAUGCUCGCGAUGCGCGGCAGCUCCGCCGCGUCGUGCCUCAACUUCGCCGACUCCGCCUCGCUGCUCGCCGUGUCAUCCGCGGUGUUCGAGUUCGCCGAUGUCCGGCGCGCGGCCCUCGCCGCCGUCGCGGAUUUCCAGCGCAGGAAUGCCGCCAACGGUGCCGCAACCGCUUCCGCUGGCGCCGUCGUGGAGGCAACCUCCAGCGCGUCAGCGCCGUCACCCGGGGACAAUGCCGGCUCGUCGGCGACGUCGUCCGAAGCUACGGCCGACGGAAUGUUUGAGGUUCCGGCAGCACUGGGCAGCGACAUGUUCGAGCUGGACAUGUCCGGCGAAAUGGACCUGGGCACGUACUACGCUGACCUUGCGGAGGGCCUGCUGCUGGAUCCGCCGUCGCCGGCUGCAGGCACCGAGGCGUGCUGGGACUGGGAGAACGGUGAUUACGGCGAUCACGGCGGAGCGGAUGCCGCGCUCUGGAGUUACUACUAGUAACGAUCGACGAGAAACCUUGGAACUGGAACGGAUCAAAGCUGCUGCCGGCAGUAUAAUCAAACUGUUAAAACAAUAUCGAAUCUUAUGCCAACAUAAUUUACAUGCGAGCAAGAGCACUCUCAAAAGACACACAAAAACAAGGGACAAGAAAAAUACGCACCUACUGACGUAAGUGUCGGAGCAA